CGAAAGGAAUGCCAACUUUCGACGUGUCGAUAACGAUCAAAUUAUUAGUGUGAAAGUAGUGAAGAAUCAUUUCCGGUUUUGAGACGUGGAGAGUUGUGAAUGUAAACGAAAGCCUCAUUUGAAGGAUUUUUUGAGGCUAAAAUUAACCACCGUCUAGAAUAACCAUGGUGAGUCGAUUGAAACUUCAGUACUGCAAGAUAAUCCUGGCCACGUCCCUUGUCUGGUUCCUGCUUGAUGUCGUCCUACUCAUGUACUACACAGACUGUGCCACGCACGCGUCCGUUGACUGUCAGAACACAAAUAACAAUGAGAAACCAGUCAAAAAAUCUGAGGAGUCGUUGUUGCAGAGGAUUUUACCAAAAGAGCCUGUCGCCCCGGACGAACCAGCAGGCAUUCCACCCACCCGCAUCAAAUACAUAACACCGACAAAAAUGCCCAAACCAAAAGAGCCCCCAAAGCCACAUAAACUGCCUGAUUUUAUUCCAGGUCUGAUGGGCCGGCCAAGUAUGCCUGGUGACAUGGGAAAGCCUGUCAGUAUCCCAGCAGAUAGACUGGAGGAAUCCAAGGACAAGUUCAAGAUCCAUCAGUUCAACCUUGUGGCUAGUGAUAUCAUGUCCCUCAAUAGAACCCUGCCAGAUUACAGGAUCCCUGGGUGUCGAAAUAAGAAGUACCCUCCAGUUUCCAAGCUGCCAGACACGAGUGUAGUGAUUGUAUUCCAUAAUGAGGCCUGGUCUACACUGCUACGUACCAUCCACAGUGUGAUCAACCGCUCUCCACCCGAGCUACUGAAGGAGAUAAUUCUGGUUGAUGAUGCCAGUGAACACGAGGAGCUGGGAGAGAAGUUGGACGCCUACCUGGCUACGCUGCCGGUCCACUGUUACGUGCUGCGUACAGAGGAGCGCACAGGGCUCAUACGAGCACGACUCAAAGGUGCUGCCAAGGCAAAGGGCAAGGUCAUCACAUUCCUGGAUGCUCACUGUGAGGCCACGGAGGGCUGGCUGGAACCUCUCAUGGCAGAGAUCUACCAUGACAGGACCUCAGUGGCGUGUCCCAUUAUAGACGUGAUCAGUGAUGACACGUUUGAGUACAUCACGGGGUCAGACAUGACGUGGGGUGGGUUCAACUGGAAACUGAACUUCCGCUGGUACCCUGUUCCACAGCGAGAGCUGGACAGACGUGCUGGGGACCGCUCACAGCCUGUGAGGACACCCACCAUGGCCGGGGGUCUAUUCUCCAUAGACCGAGACUACUUUUACGAAGUGGGAUCGUAUGACGAGGGCAUGGACAUCUGGGGAGCAGAGAAUCUGGAGAUGUCAUUCAGAGUGUGGAUGUGCGGUGGUAAGGUGCUGAUUGUCACCUGCUCCAGGGUGGGUCAUGUGUUCAGGAAGACUUCGCCGUACUCUUGGCCAGGGGGCGUCGCCAAGAUCAUCAAUCACAACACACAGAGGAUCGUGGAGGUGUGGAUGGACGAGUACAAGGACUUCUUCUAUAAGAUCAACCCUGGCGUUAAGAACACAGAGUAUGGCGAUGUGUCGGCACGGAAGGAGUUCAGAGAGAACAAGCAGUGCAAGAGUUUUAAGUGGUACCUGGAGAACAUCUACCCUGAGUCACAGAUGCCUGUCGAGUACCAUGCACUGGGAGAGAUCAAGAACAAGCAGACAGGGGGUUGUGUUGACAGUAUGGGACGUAAGUCGGGAGAGAAAGUUGGCCUGGUCCACUGUCACGGCAUGGGGGGAAACCAGCAAAAUCCCAACCAGGUGUUUGCCUUUACGGGUAAGGGUCAACUAAUGAUGGAUGAUAACGUAUGUAUCACGUCAGCGCGGGGCGUCAUAAAGUUCCAGACGUGCGAGGCAGAUGGCCCCAAGUGGGACUAUAACAAAGAGACUCACGAGUUACGGCACGUGAACAGUAAUCAGUGUCUAGGAAAGGCGAGCGAUGCAGACAAAGAGGCGCCCUCUAUAGGCCCUUGUGACGGUUCAGAGGGACAGAAGUGGACAUUUUCUGACAUGAAAAUGUGACAUACUUGAGUGAUA